AUGACCGAAGAUUGGGAAUUUACCACGACUGCUAGUUCUCCAGACUACUGCUUUGACGAUAAAUCCACUGAAAACAACAAAACUCAAGUUUGUCUCAACAUUUUACCCCGCAAAGUCUCAAAAAAAGCUAUAGAAGCAAAAGAGCAAAAAAUCGCUCAGUUAAAAAAAGAAAUUACAUUCCUAAGAACAGAUAACGAAAGGCUAAAAGCUGAAAACCAAGCUAUAAAACAAAGUAUUGAUACUUUCAGAGAAAAUCUUUUCAAAGAAAGAGAACGAAAUAAGAUGAAAGGAAAUUCAAAUUUGUCACUAUAUACUAUGUCGCUUGGCCUUAUAAUUGCCUGUACGUUGCAUUUUAAUUCAGCGUCUGAUUCUUCUUCAGGGACAUCAAGAUUAAGAUUAAAAGGCUUAAGGGCUUCCAGAUUUCAUGUCUUCGCACGCUGUGAUUACCGGACCUUGCUUCCGGGUAGCUCAGUUAUCUGAGCCCCAUCAACAGUGGUCUACUCCAGGGAUCUUGGAUUUACAUCAUGUUCUUAAGUUUCGACUGAUUAGAAAGACCCCUCUUGGUUCACUUCUUGCAGAUGCUAUGGAGUAAAAGGCUAGCUUGCUGCCUCCUGCUGCCGCCUUGUGGAAGGUGACACCCAGGAAAAAAAAGAAUCACGGCCCUCCCGAACUGGCAGGGAAGAACCUGUGACACAAAAACUAUUCGGAUAACUAAUAACUGGACUGGCCACCAGCUGACUCCAAAGGCUGCUUACCCCGUAUGGUAGCUUAAGCAAGCUAAGGGUUAGGAUUAAAGAGCCAAGACCUUGGUUUAAGCUAUAAAGCCACUUUGAAGCCCAAAGCUCUGCGCCGUCAGCAAAGACAUAUUUCUUCGCCACCACCAUACUAAAUAUUCUGGGGCAUCAAGGAAGCUGCUAUUUUAUGAAAAGGCAACUUAUAACUUGCCAAUGUAUGCUUUGAUCAUUCUUGUGUUUGCACUUAUUUGGCAAACUUUUCUCAAGGUGAGAAAGCCGAUUUAUAAAUUGCCUUACUCUUUAAGAAUUGAUAUAUUUCUGUGAAAAAAUAAUAUAAAUUUUAUGAAUAAUAAAAUUUUUAUACAAAAGGAAGUUAG